AUGAAUGAAACAGUCGUGCAGCAGCGAUUCAAAGUAGUUCGCAGCAUACAAAAGGAGCUUGGAUUCCAGAGCAAGCUGUCAAUUCAAGCUUCGUUGGAUCACCUCAUCUCGACUCUCGACGCAAAAGAUGCCUUUGGACCAGUAUCAAAAGAGGAGGGUGGAGUCCUUCACAUCGGCACUCCCUGCGACAAGGGCAUUGUCCAAGGACAUGAAUGGCUAUCGUACGCGGGUGUGACGAUGCAGCAAAACCAUGUCGAAUCAGCACUCGAGAAAGUGACCAAGAGUCUGGAGAAAGGUGGAUUCGAGCAGUUCCCUAACCAUUUUAUGCACGGAACAACAGGAAACAGAUUGCAGCUGAUAUGCGAACUCAAGGGGAAAAUGAACCCAUCGAUGUCAGACGAGGAACAUGACUUUGGGUCAGGUCUCUAUUGCUUCAAGGGAAGUCUUGCCAAGGCGCUGUCCUUUGGAGUCGACAGAGCUUGGCCACGUCCAGACGGUGCUGGAGGUAGCAAUCCUGCUAUCGUCGUCUUCCCAAAACUUCAUGGAGAUUUUGACGAGGAAACAAUCUACCACGUCGAUUCGAUUCUUCCAUUUGGACAAGAUGGAUCCGGAAUUAGAGAUGAAGACGAUUGUGCAGCAUACAAGGCGAUGUUGGAUGACGCAACGUACAAGGAUAAGAACAGAAACUGGAAGCUUUUUGUGAAAAUGGCAAGACGCUUUUUCAUUGUGCCCAAUAAGCAAGGUGUCCAUGUUUUUCAUGGCUUGCUGCAUGACUGUGACACUACUUCAACCACUGACGUGGAUACGGUCACUGCGCCAAAGCCAGACGACGACUGGAAUCAAUAUUGCUUCAAGGAUGUUUAUUUGCUCGGGAAAAGCAGGCUUUUUAUUGAAUUUCACAUGGAGUGGGGGGGAUGGGCCGACUCGGACAAGUCUCGUUUUGAAUUUGAUAAAAAGAUGACAGAAGCAAACACCGAUGAGAUGGAAGAUGAUGGUGGAAUUGAAACAGGUGUUCACCACGGUACCCUUGAGCCUCAGUCGAGCCCACCACCAAGAGCCUCAACUCAACAGGACGACACAUUUUUCAACCUCCAAGAAACGUGGACAUUGGCAAAGUUCUACUUCCCUGGCAUCGUCCGAGGCGAUUCUCCUGAAGGAUUCAAGUCAACGAGGCUAAUCAAAAGGUCCCUACGGGAUGAGGUUGAAUGGAAAUUGUUCCAGCUGAAGCAAAAAGACCAAGACAAUUUUUUGGAAUUGAUGAAGCCGGAGAACGCGGCGACACUUUGUGGCAAGAUUGGUAUGAAUGAAACAGUCGUGCAGCGGCGAUUCAAAGUAGUUCGCAGCAUACAAAAGGAGCUUGGAUUCCAGAGCAAGCUGUCAAUUCAAGAUUCGUUGGAUCACCUCAUCUCGACUCUCGACGCAAAAAAUGCUUUUGGGGCAGUAUCGAAAGAGGAGGGUGGAGUCCUUCAGAUCAGCAAAUUCAAUGGCACUCUCCACGACAAGGGCAUUGUCAAAGAACAUGAAUGGCUAUCGUACGUGGGUGUGACGAUGCAGCAAAAUCAAGUCGAAUCGGCACUCGAGAAAGUGACCAAGAGUCUGGAGAAAGGUGGAUUCGAGCAGUUCCCUAACCAUUUCAUGCACGGAACAACAGGAAACAAAUUGCAGCAGAUAUGCGAACUCGAGGGAAUAAUGAACCCAUCGAAGUCAGACGAGGCACAUGACUUUGGGUCAUGUCUCUAUUGCUUCAAGGGAAGUCUUGCCAAGGCGCUGUUCUUUGGAGCCAACAGAGCUUGGCCACGUCCAGAUGGUGCUGGAGGUAGCAAUCCGGCUAUUGUCAUCUUCCCAAAACCUGAUGAAUUUGACGAGGAAACAAUCUACCGCGUCGAUUCGAAUCUUCCAUUUGGACAAGAUUGA